AUGCGCGCUUCUUCCAUCUCGGCUGUCUACCUCGGAUGUACCCCGCAUCGGGAAUCUCGCCUUCCCCCACAAUGUCGUGGUUCAUGCAAUCGUGGGCGGCAUCGCUGCACCACUCUGCUGAUUCGGCGUCAUCGUUCGCAGCCUACGUGCCGUGUUUCCACCGCUCUAAACGAAGGCCGACGAAAACCUCGUUCGAAACGGCUGUUUCGACAUGCGUCGGUCUUGGUCGGUUCUGACGACACCCCUCUUCGCUGUGGAGAAAAGUCUGACCCGAAGGCGCUUGACGGCAUGACGUCCCAAGUUCUUCAAGCUCGGACUUCGCUUAGAGCGCCGCUAGCUUGCCGGCGCGCAUCAGCUUGA